GGAGGAUAAUGGCAGGCUCGGCAGGUUGGUUUACAGGACACAUGCAUACACAGUAUCUUGAGAAAGGGAGGUAGGGAUAGGAAAAGAGAGAGAGAAUGAGGGAGGGAGAGGUAGAUGCAGUGAGGGUGCCAGAUGCUGUCGGCACAGAUGCCAUGUGGUGGGAAGAUUCCACCCUUGGCCAGUUGUUGGGAAGCUCACGGACCGAAAGGACGACCUGCCUGCUGUCUCCCUGGGCAUUCCAGCUUCCAUAGCCUGAGAGAAGUCGCAGCGAGAGAGAGUGGGGUCGUCGCCCGCCAACGCCAGCGAGCAUGGCUGGACAGACGAGCUUCAGAUCCAGAGUUGUGUGGGUGGGCCUGACACCCUCCCUCUCUUGCAGGUGUGUAGGCAUAAAGGCGCAAUGGACUUCACAAUGAACAUGAUGGAUAAUGGUCGGGCCAUCCCUACGUCUCAGGCCGCUGCCGUGGCUGCCAUGGGUGGUCAGGUCGCUUACCAGGCGCACGCCGUGAGUGUGACCCCCACGGUCAGCCAGCAAACGCAGCCACAGCCACAGCCGCAACAGCCACCCCCGCCAGCACCGGCACAGCGAGGCAGCCUGCACGAGAGUGACGGUGGGGCGGGACUGGGGGGGGAGGGCAAGGUCCAGGAGUUGACCAAGGACGACUCUCAGGGGGCCUUCACCCCCCCACCCCGGGUCUCUUCCGUCACGUCACACGAAAGUCGUGUAGAGAAGGGUACCGACACCAAUGACUUUGAACCACUGAUCAAGGUUGAGAUUAGAGGGGGGAUUCCGGGGCUCAAUAUUGGCGGCGAGAAGGACAAAAAUAACAUUGUCCAGUUACACUUCAACAGUGUCAACGAGGUGUUGCAUUACUUUUCGCAGCGGUCAGUGCCACAGCACAUUGAUGCCUUCAAUCUUCUCACCAACCCAGACCUGGUGCGCAAUAUCAACCCCGACCUGGUGCGCAACCACUUCCUGUACGUGCCCAACCCUCAGGAGGGGGUACGGGUGGCCUCCAACGGUUACAGCUCAGGCGGCUCCAACUCGGCCCAGACCCCUCCAGCCCAGGGGGGGCCUGCCACCUCACCUGUAGUCGUCAAGCAAGGCUCCAGCAGCAGUGGGGGCUACAGCAAGCAGGGGGACCGACGGCGGGAGUCCGGCCAGUCGAGCUCCAGCACCCUUGCACCCGGCUCCCUCAUACCCAGACCAGGAGUAGACCAGUCAGGAGCCUCUUUUGUUUGCUGGAUUUGUGGCUUGGACCUGCAGAAAUCUCUGCAGUUUGAGGAACACAUGGUGGAUCAACAUAGUGUGGAUAAGCCCUACCGGUGCGAUGACUGCGGAGUCACUUUCAAGCGCAAGGCGCACUUGGACCGGCACCGGCGGAUCCACUUGCCCACUCGACCCUACCAGUGUGCAGUGUGUGGCAAGGGCUUCACCCGAAACGAGCAUGUGCGGCGUCACUCCUUCACCCACUCAGGAGAGAAGCCCUAUCACUGCCCCACCUGCAACAAGACGUUCUCACGGCGGGAGCACCUCACCAAGCACCUGCUGAGUCACACCAAGCCUCCAGGUCCUCACAGUCCUCCUCCAGGCGGUCAUCCUCACACCCCAGGUGAGUAUGAGUACAUGUGCUCCUCACCUGCGGAAUCACCCAACCCCCCCCAGCCACAGCUGACGGCGACGACAGUCUCAGCCAUCACAUCUCUGGGAGGGGCAGCACAGAUCCCGUCCAGCCUCCUGCAUGCGGCUGUGCCCCAGCUUCUGCCGCCCUCCUCGGCCCACAGUUCCAAGCACCAGCAGCCCCACCACCGCCUGGCUGCCCACCAUAGUCAAGGUUUGGCCACAACGCUACUGCUGCAAACCACGGACCAGAAUGGGCGGCUGGUGACCAUCAACCAAGGUAGCAGUGGAGCUGUGCCCACCUCUGUGGUGACCACCUCGUCCAGCAGCCACCAUGGACCCAGCAGCAGUGGCCACCAGGGCAGUAGUGGUGGCAGUGGCUCAUCACGCGGCCACAACCACAAUGGUGAGCCCGUUCCACGCCCCUACCAGUGUGGAGUGUGUGGCAAGGCUUUCAUCCGCAAUGAGCACCUGCGACGCCAUGUACUGACCCACUCAGGCGAGAAGCCACAUGCCUGCACCACCUGUGGCAAGGCCUUCUCGCGCAGGGAGCAUCUCACCAAGCACAUGCGCUCACACAUAAAGCCCUCAGCCAGUGGUUCAACCCAGUCCAGCUCACAGGCCAGCCAUGGUUCCAUCCAGGUGGGCGUUUCAGGAAGUGCAGCAACACCUCAAGCUACCCUUACUGUGGCGCAGUCGGCGGCUGUUACCCUCCCUACGGCAAGUGUUGUGGCCUCCAGUGCCGCCCACCAGCAACCCCCACCAGGUGUAGCUCACACGGUGGCUGCCUCGCAUGGCACACCUGUGGCCCACGCCGCACACCUCCCCCCUGGCACACACUACCUGCCCAUGUUUGGCCUACUGGCAGAAGUCGUGUGAGGGUCUUAGUGUGGCUAAAUGACAAACGGUAACCCUCCACAGCUCUUGGUCCUGUUAGUCAUUUUGUUUAUUCACAAUUUGUGUUCCAUCAUUGUCAUACUUUAAUUUUUGUUUCUGUUUUGGUAAGCCUUUGGUGAUGUCAGCAGCGCUUGGGCACAGGGAAAGGAGAGUGUGGCUUGCCCAGCCCAUCCCUAGCACCAGUGAGGCCAUGCACGAGUCUCCUCAGGGACUCCUGAGAUGCCAGUGCAAAUGCCACAGAAAGGCCAAGCGAUGAAAGGGAGAGCGCAUGCUGACUGACACAAUGGCCGUAGAGAAAAAGAGAGAGAGAGAGAGAGAGAGAGAAAGAAGUGUUGUGCCAUGAUCUCCUCCUUUGUAGCUGUGACUUACCACUCACCAGAGAGAGUCCUCUGUUUCUCAUGUUGUCUGUCACCCAGACAAGCCUCGAUGCUUAAAACCCAUCGGAAAUAGAUACAUGUUCAGCCCCUCCCUUAUUCCCUCCCCUAAUCCCCUACUCCCAAAACCAUACUGUCCCCUCCUCCCCCUCCCAACCAGUUAUUAACAUCAUCCUUGUCUCAGCCCCAAUCACAUUCCAGUUCCUUUACAGUCAUCUUUUUGGCCACUUAUUCACAUAAAAAGGGAGGAGAGGCAUUGUUAUUAUGAUUUUUAAUUUUUUUCCCACCUUUUCCCAGUGUAGCACUACAAAACAAUGAUGAACAAGCCAUCACCCAUGUCAGAAAUCUUGUAAAUUUUUAUAUCAACCAGUUUUAUGCAGUCCUGUGUACUUAGAGUAUUUGUACAAUGAUCGAGAUAGAUAUUUUCCUGACUGUUUCAAAAAAAGAAAAAAGGUAAAAAAAAAAAGAAAAAAAAUAAUGAAUAAAAUGUCAUCUGAUGCACCCUGCCAAAGUUGAGAGAGUUUUUUUUUAUUGAUAAUUUUUGGCAAAAGUAGAUAAGCAAUACAGAUUUAAAAUGUAUAAAAAAGGAGAAAAAUUGUUCAUAAACCUGUCAAGGCAGCUCACACCAUGGGGCCCCCCCACAGAAUAGGCACCAAAUUAUCAGUCAUAUUAUUAUUGUCAUGAUAUUGCUAUUAUUGUUAAUUUUAUAUUCUUUACUGGGUUUGUUAUAUUGUUCUGUGUGUCUGCUUGAGGGCCCUGUAUAGUCUUUUUUUCUCUCUCACAUGGGACUUGCUCCCAGUAUUUUGAAGGAAAUCAAUUUUGUCUGUGUGCAUAGACCAUGUUGAUGUAUUGUAGUGUAACUUGUAAAGAAGUACCUUUUAAUUGUAAAAGUGAUAUUGCCCUGUAAUUAUUUUUAGGAGCGUUCUUCAUAUGCUUAUUGUAGGUGUCUCGAAGGUAGUGUUUUAUACUAGGUAAGAUUGUGUCUCUUGUGUUCCUUUUACAUUUAUUUAAUUCAGUUUUAUUAUUGUUAUAAUUUUUUUCUUUCAAGUUUUGUUGAUACACAAGGCAGGUAUAUAAGAGAUUGUCCAAAGUUAUCAGUCGUAGCCAUACAGUAGUCUGACCUGCAUCAGUUUCAUGAUGUAGAUUUGGCUGUCUAUUUUUUUCUUUUUCUUUUUCUUUUUUUUUUAUGAAUGCAUUUUCAUAGAAUUAAGACAAUGGCAGAUGAAAAUCUUGAUCUUUAAAGUGUUUGUAUACUGUCUUAUAUUGAAAGGUGCUCAAAUAGAGAUGAUGAUAACUUUGGAUCUGCUUUUAAUCUGCAUUUUUUAUAAUCAUAAUUAGACAGUUUUUUUCCUGAGAAUUGAGAUCUGAUUUUUGUUUCUAUUUUGGUUAUUAUUGAUCAUUAUAUGUUAUUUAAAGUCUAUUUGGCUAUGUUUUUCGAAGGUCAAGAGAGAUGUGACUAUAGUUAUUAUUUUUAUUAUUUUUUAUUAUUAUUCAAACCAGAAUGGAUUGAGAAUCAUUGCAUUCUUCUUGACGUCAGAUAAUAUUUUUGUAUUAUGGAGCGAUUUUUAAGUCAUGCAUAAAUAUCAGGACUAUUAUAAUCUCCCCCCCCCCCUUUUUUUCCCCUUUUUUCAUUUCCAAUCUAAGUAAAGAUUUUUUUUCUGAGGAAGCAUACUCAUAGCUAUGCUUUUGUAUAUUAGGAUAUGGCAUUGUGGUUGGCAAUGUAUCUAGUGGACAUUUGACUGCAAGCUACUGCAAUGUAAGAUCCAUGGAGAACUGUAGUAAAGUACUAAUCCAUGA